AAUCUCACUACCAUGAACCCAAAUUAAAUUCCCACCAAUGGAGUCCCCCUCUUGGGCUCUUUUAGCAAUGGCAUCCCUAGCAGCUUUAGCUUUCCUCUCAAAAUUAUUAUUUCCCUUCAAACGCAACCAACUAAAACUUCCCCCAGGUCCCAAAACUUGGCCUAUCAUAGGCAAUCUAAACCUUAUCGGUCCUCUUCCUCAUCAAUCUCUUCACAAAUUGGCCCAAAAAUAUGGACCAAUUAUGCAACUCAAGUUUGGAUCCUUUCCUGUUAUGGUUGCAUCAUCUGCAGAAGUGGCAAAGCAAAUCCUGAAGACACAUGACCAUGUCUUUGCUUCUAGACCCCAAACUGCUGUUGGUAAAUAUAUCACUUAUAACUAUCUCAAUAUUACAUGGGCACCUUAUGGACCCUAUUGGCGUCAAGGGCGUAAGAUUUUCCUCUCUGAGCUAUUUAGCUCAAAACGACUCGAAACCUUUCAAUAUGUUCGUGUUGAAGAAAUGCGAGCCUUUGUGUCACGCCUUGGCACCUUGUCAGGGAAGCCAAUUAUGCUAAAAGAUCAUCUCUCCCGUCUUACUCUAAGCAUUAUAAGCAGAAUUGUAUUGGGUAAGAAGUAUUUUAGUGAGUCCAAACAUGAAACUUCGAUUGUGUCGCUUGAAGAAUUUCAAGAAAUGUUAGACGAGGUGUUCUUGCUAAAUGGGGUAUUCAACAUAGGGGAUUGGAUACCAUGGCUCAAUGUUUUGGACUUACAAGGGUACGUGAAACAAAUGAAGGCCUUAAAGAAAAAACUUGAUCGAUUCUAUGAACAUGUGUUUGAUGAACACAAAGCAAAGAAAGAACGAGUGAAGCAUUUUGUGCCAAAGGACAUGGUGGAUUUAUUAUUGCAGCUAAGUGAUGAUCCUGAUCUUGACGUUAAGUUAACCUAUGAGGGUGUUAAGGGUUUCACUCAGGACCUAAUAGCUGGGGGUACAGAUACCUCUGCAAAAACUGUGGAAUGGGCAAUGUCUGAACUUUUAAAUCAACCACACCUCAUACAAAAGGCAAUCGAAGAACUCGAUGGAGUAAUUGGAAGAGAGAGGUGGGUGGAAGAGAAAGACAUUCCGCAACUUCCAUAUAUUGAUGCAAUUAUGAAAGAGACAAUGAGGAAACACCCUGUGGUUGUAUUGCUUGCACCACAUUUAGCACUUGAAGAUUGUGAUGUAGCUGGUUACAAAAUCUAUAAAGGAACUAGAGUCUUCGUAAACGCAUGGAGUAUUGGGAGAGAUCCUUCACUGUGGGAUGCACCUGAAGAGUUCUAUCCAGAUAGGUUCUUGGGGAAGGAUAUUGAUGUGAAGGGACAAUAUUUUGGACUUUUGCCAUUUGGUUCAGGGAGGAGAAUGUGCCCUGGCUACAGCCUCGGACUAAAGAUGAUUAGUUCGAGCUUGGCUAAUCUGUUACAUGGAUUUGAAUGGAAAUUGCCAGACAAUGUGAAGCCAGGAGAUUUGAGCAUGGAAGAAGUUUAUGGUUUAUCUACUCCUAGAAAGUACCCACUUGUUGCAGUCCUAAAGCCUCGACUCCCACUCCAUCUAUAUUAGACUAUUAGUUGUAACUUCAGCAUGAAUAAUCCAGCUUGUUUUAUUUUGAGCCAAAAUAAAAUCUUGUUCCUGUGUGUGGCAUAAUUGAUUGUCAAAUCAGUUUGUGAUGCUGAUAUAGCUAAUUCAGCAUCCAAAUGUUAUAUAUACAUAUAUAAAAAUAUCACUUUUUGAUCAAA